AUGAACAAUGGGGCACAGAACCAAUCUUUUCCUGGUGCUCAACAACAACGGAUGCAACAACAACAGCAGCAACAACAACAACAACAACAACAACAACAACAACAAAACUUGCAAAAUAUUCCACCUCAACAAUUAGCACAGCUUGUUCAAGCUAUGAAAAAUGACUUUGAAAUAGCCAAGAAUGCUACUGACGAACAAGUGAAGCAGCACCAUUUGAGUCGGGCCGAAAAUAUAAGAAAGGUGUUGGCGAGAUAUCAAGCGCAAAGAAAUAGAUUGCAACAACAACAACAACAGCAGCAGCAGCAGCAGCAGCAGCAACGUAAUAUGACUUCCCAACUGCCUCAGAUUGCAAGUAUACAACCAGGAAUGCAGGCACGGCCUACAUCUGGUCAAUCCAAUAUCAUGUCACAACCUAAUGUAGCCAAUAACAAUUCAUUCAAUCAAUAUGGUAACACGGGUCAAGGCCUGCCAGUGAUGAACAAUUCUCCGGCAGUAAACUAUCAAUCUCCUGGUCUAGAUUCAAGCAAUAUACCACCUGCAACUUCGGCUAUAUCUAACGGUCGUCAAUCACAAGUCGGCAAAAAUAAACAUGAAGUGGAGGAACAGAGUAAACAAAAACUACAUCAACAACAUCAACAGCAACAGAAUCAGCAAUACCAGCCUCCGAGAAAGGCUAAUCCCAUUCAAGGACAAAGUCUGAACCAUCCUAAUCUGCUGCAACAAUAUAGAAACAUGUUAACAAGCAUGAGCUCUAGUACAUCUAGUGGGGCUGGUAGUGGCACCGCUGGAUCUAUUAAUCUUCCAUCAAAUACCAUUUCUAUGGAAAAAUUCAAUCAAAUCAGGCAAAAGUUGACAGAAAUACAAAGGAAAAUCCAAUUAUUAGAGCAAAGCAAAAAAGCUGGCAAUGCAACACAAGAACAAGUUUCGAUCAUUGAUAGAGAAUUGGUUGAAUAUAGAUCCAAGUUUCAACAGUUUCAAAAAAUUGGUAUAUAUAUGCGAAAUCAAUUGGUGCAACAGGCUAAACAGCAACAACAACAAAGGCAACAGGGACAGAAUCAGCAAGUGCAGCAUCAGCAAAUUCGAAACCAGCCUGUGCAAAACCAACAAAGUCACAAUCUGCAGAGCCAAUUACCGCAACCAUCAUAUCAGCAAGGGCCUUUACCUCAAUCAUCGCCACAGUUAUCGAAACCGCAACAACAAAACCAAUUACCUCAACAAAUUCAAGGAAACAAUCAGCAAUUUUCCCCACAAUUGUCACCUCAACAAUCGAAUAAUUUUCAAGGAUCACCACAGCUUCACUCGCAAAGUCAACAACAACAACAACAACAACAACAACAGCAACACCAGCAGCAGCAACAGCAACAACAGCUAUUAGCACAGCACCAGAGGAAUAUAGCUAAUGGUCAACAGGCAGUGCCACCACAAUUGGCAGCAACAAAUAUGAAUGGGGCAGCAUUGAACCAACCUCUUCAACACCAAUCGAGACAACCAUCUCAAGCAGGAACACCUUCAUAUCCAGCCUCGCAUGCUACUCCGUCUCAACACAUUCAAAAACAAGCACCGCUUCAAAACCAGAGGGUACCUAGUCGGCAAGCCUCUGCCACACCGCAAGCUCAAACGCAGCUAAUGCAACAUUCAAGCAGACAAGGCUCAGCUUCGUCUGAGAAAAAACCAAUUGGGACCGGAGCACUUUCUACCGCCGAUGGAACUCCGAAUGGAUCCGCUGCAAGGUCUGGAUCUCCUGGUGUGGAAGGUCGCUCAACGCCACAGCGGCCUAAAUCGGCAAUGUCAAUGAACCUUGCUGGAAUAACAAAACCCAGUGGCCCAUCAAUUCCUAUUUCGAGUUCGAUCGAUAUAAAGCCUCCAACUGUUGUUACGUUUAAUUCAACAACUGACACAAGACCUACUUUGACUGGAGGAGGCGCAAAUUCAUUGAGCAUGUUGUGGGAUACACCAGCAAUAACCAAAUUACCCAUGUUUGAUUUGGAAGGUGGAGAAUCUACAACUGAAUCAGGUAGAGUUUUGAACAAGAGAAAAUUGCAAGAUAUUAUCAGUACUGUUGGAGUAGAUGAGGGUGAUGGGAAGACUACAAUUGAUGGAAAUGUAGAGGAAUUGUUGUUGGACUUGGCUGAUGAAUUCAUCUAUUCUGUUACAAGUUUUGCUUGUCGAUUGGCCAAGCAUAGAAAAGUUGACUCAAUCGAUGCUAAAGAUGUACAAGUACAUUUGGAUCAAAAUUGGAAUAUCAAAAUACCCGGUUAUGCCAUGGAUGAGAUUAGAAGCACGAGGAAGUUUCAACCUAGUACUACCUAUAAUCAAAAAGUACAGGGAAUUGAAAUUUCGAAGGCGGUUAAUGACGAGAUUUGA